GUGUCAUUUUACUUUGUAAUUAAAUUUCUGGGAAAAUAAUUAUUUAUUUUGAUUAUUAACAGUUAUUUUCUGUUUAAUUUCAUCAAUAUAUCAUAAAUGAAGCUGUUAAAGCCCAGUUGGGUUAAUCAUGAUGAUAAACCGAUAUUUUCCGUUGAUAUACAUCCGACGGGGAAGCGGUUCGCGACCGGUGGUCAGGGCGGGGACUCUGGGCGGGUCGUGGUUUGGAACUUAAACCCGGUUUUGUUUGAAGCAGUUGAAGUGGACCCCAAUAUCCCAAAGAUGCUUUGUCAAAUGGAUAAUCACUUAGCUUGCGUGAAUUGUGUGCGCUGGAGCAACGGUGGUAAAUACCUGGCAUCUGGUGGUGAUGACAGACUGGUGAUGGUGUGGGGGCUCAGUGUUGCCGCUAAUGCUACGCCGGGCAAGCACAAGGCCGAGACUUGGCGAUGCUUGGCUACGUUAAGAGGACAUGCGGGUGAUGUGUUAGACCUAGCCUGGUCUCCGCUAGACAAGUGGCUGGCCAGCUGCAGCGUGGACAACUCCAUCAUCAUCUGGAACGCUGAGAAGUUUCCGGAAAUGGUCUGUGUAUUGAAUGGACAUUCCGGACUUGUGAAGGGUGUGGCUUGGGAUCCUGUUGGAAAAUACCUAGCAUCACAAUCAGAUGAUAAAUCACUGAGGGUGUGGAAGACGGCAGACUGGGCGCAGGAAAUUGUCAUCACGGAACCAUUUGAGGAGUGUGGAGGAACAACCCACGUGCUCCGUCUAUCGUGGUCUCCGGACGGGCAGUACGUGCUAUCAGCUCACGCCAUGAACGGAGGAGGUCCCACUGCGCAGGUGGUGGAGAGAGACGGGUGGAGAUGUGACAAGGACUUUGUGGGUCAUAGGAAGGCUGUUACUUGUGCUCGCUUCAACAACAACAUAUUCGUGAAAGAAGGCAAGAAGUGCUGCUGUGCCGCCGUGGGCUCAAGAGAUCGGGCACUCAGUAUAUGGCUGACGUCAUUAAAGCGGCCCCUAGUUGUCGUACAUGAUCUGUUCAGUGACAGUGUGCUGGAUUUGUCUUGGAGCUCUGAUGGUCUAAACCUGCUGGCAUGCAGUUCGGAUGGCACGGUGGCUUGCAUACAGUUUACCAACAAGGAGAUUGGCACACCACUUACUAUUGAAGAAAAGAACGCGUUCUACGAGAAGAUCUACGGCAAAUGUUUAGCCAAUGAGUCAGGGGGUGAUCUCUCAGCCAACUUGCUGGUGGAGUGUCCUGAAAUCCUGCUGGCCAGGGAGAAGCAGGAAGCCAAGAAAGAGGCAGCUAAGGAGGAGACCACGCCCAAGAGUGAUAAGUCUCAGCCGAAGAGUCUGCUCAGUCCUUCAGCAGGGUCCAGUGGAACAUCUUCGACCCCUCUAAGACCUAUGGACAGACAGAUAGAGACCCGCACUUCUGACGGCAAGAGGCGGAUCACGCCCGUCUUUAUACCGCUCACACAUGCUGAUGCUAACGAGUCCCUAAGCUCUCAGCCUGGAGGUACAGAGAAUUGCUUCAGCACAUCUUCUCAGAGCAAGUCGCGUAUCAGAGUGGAGGUGCGAGACGAUAUCGUCAUACAUCCGAAUGUCAGCAACCACGCUACUUCUCUGCAGAAUAACUCCAGGACUAGUGAUAAUGGUCUAGACCAGCGCCUACGCAAGCGCGGCGCCGCGUGCCUGCCCGGGCCCCGCGCCGACGACCUCGCCGCCAAGCGCGGCUGCGCGCCCGACGCGCCGGGGGCCGCGCCCGCUGCCCCGGGGCCCGCGCGCCUGGGGCCCGCGCUUGCCGCGCCCGCGCUCGGCACGGCCGGCCCUGUCGUCAGAGCUGCUGGACAGCUGCGUCUACAGGUGGUGAACAAGGCAUGUAAUACGCAGUACGGAACAUUGUCACGGCUACAGUUGUUACCAAACAACUCCGCUUCCAGCGAUCCUGUGUGGGAAACUUAUUUAGGCUCGACGGUGACGUGCAUAGCGUGCGACGUGCGCUGGGCGGGCGUGGCGUGCGCCGACGCCACGCUGCACGUGUGGCAGCUGGCCAGGCAUACCGCCACUCGGGCUCUGCCACCUCUGGCGCUAAUGUCUCAAGCGGCAAAGUUAACGCUAUCAGGCGACACAUUAGCCGUUGUAACCACAUCAGCAGAGUUGGCGAUGUGGGACUUAAGCACCGCCACGUGUGUGAUCCGACCUUUAUGCUUCCGGUCCCUGCUGUCUCAUGGAGUGACAGUAACAAACUGCUCUUUACUGGACGAUGGUAACCCGAUGAUCUCACUCAGCAAUGGCAAGAGUUAUAUUUACAGUAAAGAACUUUGUGCUUGGGUGGUGUGGGCGGAUGCGUGUGACCCGGUGUGGCGCUGCAGCGGCGCGGCGGCUAACGUCCGCUCGUCGAGGACUUCCCUCUACCCACUCGCUAAAGUUAAUAGGACUAGACCUACUUCUUUUACUAACAGUAGUUACAGGAGCGGUGCCGCCCGCAGCUGGUUGGAAGCGCAGGUGUCGUCCAGCCUGCACCUGCGUCGGGCACAGGACUACAGACAUUGGCUGAAUGCCUUAUUCGCACAUCUUGUUAACCACGGUACGGAAGACCAGCUACGGUCUAUACUAGAUGACAUGAUGGGACCAAGUCAUUGUACCUCUACACCUAAGAAAUGGCAACCCACUAUACUGGGCAUAAAGAAACACGAGCUUCUAGAAGAGAUGUUAGCACUCCUAGUUCGACAGUUACGCUGGCAGAGAAUGUACGCAGAAUAUUCCGACCAACUGUCAGAACUGAAAGUCCAUACCGUUGUCAAUGGCCACUGACAAGAAAGGAAGAAACACAGACAUCUGGUAGAAAACAUAUCUAUACGUUAGAAAGAAAUAUCGAUAAAAAUGUACAGUUCUAGAUAUAGAAUAGUAGAUAGAUCGGCAAUCGAGUGAUUUUUCAAAAAUGAAAUAGAUCGGUUGAGCGCAUUUUUCAUGUGUGAGUAAAUAUGUGUUGCUUUCCUCAACUUAAAAAUGGGUAUUUGAGCCGUUGAAAACAUUAAAAACAUUUUUAAAAAUAUAGGUUUUGUUGUUAAAAUUUUCGUUUGAUACGGGGCCGCUACAGGCCUUUAAAGUGGUCAUUUUUCGUUCUCAUAACACAAAGUUGUAUGUCACGUAUUGCCGAUCUAUCGAACGGUAGUGGGAUCCUAAAUCUAUGUGUUCAGCACAUUAAAUGAUUUGAAGGAAGAGACCAUAAUGUGUCUUAUUGUAAGCUCUUUCGAUUCUUAGAAAGGUUUUUUUCGUGAUUAUGAAAUGAAUAUGUAAUUCAUUCGAAUGAUUAUAAUGUAUCGAUAUUUUUACCUUGAUUGGCAAUGUCGAUAUUAAAACGAUGUAUGUAUUAGUUUUUAUCGAUACUAACCUAACCGAUGGCAGAGCAGCACUAGCUGUAUGUAUUCACAGUUUAUGAUUUACUGAAUAUUUAUCAAAAUGAUGCUGUAUGUUUAAUUUUUGUAGUUGAUUGAUGGACUCAUAUUUUUAUCGAUGAAAAUCUUAAAAUCGUCUGAUGAUCUUAUUUUUUUUAUUUUUCUAUAAAAAAACUAAACACUCUUUCACUCUUUCUCACACAACUUAUCUUAGUCCAAGAUUAGGACAGUAAGAUAGAAAAAAUAUUUUAUGGUUAUGGCUGCCUAUUGUUUACUGAAAGGACUGCCUAUAAUGUAACUUAAAACCUUGUUUUUUUUUUGUCUAAAGUGAACACAUAAUUUGAAUGACAUCACUAGUCAAUUUGUUCUCCAUGAUGAAAAAUUUAUUUCCCAAAAAUGGAUGAGGUUUGAGAAAAUUUAAAAAUAUUUGGUACAUCAUGAUUCCUAAAUAGGAUAGAAAAUUAUGUCUAUUUAGAACGUAAUGUUAUUUCCAAAACGUUUUGUUGUGAAUUAGGAAUACAAAAUCGUUGUAGUAGAUAUUUGGUGAAUAUUCCGCCUUACACUAUUUUAUAUGUUACCUAGUUCAUAAGUAUUUGUAAACUGCGUUCAAUGCAUUUUAUGUUAUUGCAUCUUGUUUUUGCAUUAACAUCUUAAAAUAUGAAUGUUUUAAUUCAAAGAGCUGAUAUAAAAAAUGUGUUAGGCUAUUAUAAUUUUCUAGGGCUGAGUUGUAUCAUUUAACUAUAACGAUAACUAAACCAUAACUAGCCAGAUCAAAUAAACGAUUUGAUAGCUGAAAAUGGGUAUAGAGUUAUCAUUAUAGUUAAAACUUGCAACUGAGCGUAAAUAUUUCAUUAAAAAUAUGAUUUAAAAGUAAAGUAAUUCUACAUAGACAAGAAAAAUGUAUUUGAUGUUUAACUACGUAAUAGGUAUAUUUGAUAUCUGUUGAAAAAUAUACAGAUAUGAAUUUCAGUACACAACAACACCAUACAGUUGUGUUCAUAUCAUCUUAUGAAGUAGAUAGAGUAUUUUAAGGUACUUUUAAUGUCGUGGUACUAUGAAUGUAGAAAGUGGUCGAUUUUUCCAAAAAAAUGGUGCAAAGAAAUAAAUGAAAAAUUUAGAAAAACAUAUGUUGCAUUAUAAAAAAUAGCUUCAUCUGAAUGCUUGAAUCUUAAAAUGUCGAAAAAAUUGUAUCCCAAUCAAAUGGAACUAAUCUUAUGACCACGAUUUAGUGUUAGGAAAUCAUAACACCAAUUAUGUAAUCGUUAAUCGGUUAAAUUUAUAAAAAUAUAUGUGCUAACUAUAAGGUUCUCAGUGAAUAGUUUGUAACUAUGAUCUAUAGAUACAACGUAACGUAUAAUGUUCACUUUUCAGUUAUAUUAUUAUGUAUCCUCCUUUUUAAUGUAAAAUAGGCCUGAAAAUACCUAAAUGUGCUAACCAUCUGAUGAUAAAAUUGAAAUUAUAUUUGAACGGCUCAAUUAUGUCAAUGUAAAUGUUUUUAUGUGUUUAAGAAAUAAAAGAUAUUGUAUCUGCUAUCUAGUCAAAUUGGUUCCCUAACUAAAGUAUUAUGUACUAAAAUUUGUACAAUUUUACAGCGCCGAAGUUAUCUAGGCUAGGUUUCUUUGACGAGUGUAAACGUGUCAAUUUUGUCGCCACACGAAAUCUUUGCGGAAUAUUGCAAAGAGUAAAGAUAUUAAUCUGGUUGUGUAUUAUUAUGUCAUAAAUAACAACAUCGAUUGAGUUAAAAUAUUCGUGAUUGGAGUCAGUCAACACUUAAAAAAUUCGUUAGCUGUAUCACUCCCGUCUCGUAUGAACUGUUCUGUGCAUCCAGAUAGAGAGUACUAGCCAUCCUAUUUGUUUUCAACACAAACUAGUACCUACAUCUUGGCUAGCGCGUUCAAGCAAACACUGCCUUUCUCAAUAUUGUAACUAGAAUUAAAGUGAUUAAUUGAGAAUUACGAUUUUAUUGUAUACUAUGAUUUUUAUUAUAUUGUUUGUGUGUGAUCUAGAAAAUAAUUGCAAAAGUGAUUAAUUGUAAUUUUUCAUAUUUUAUUGUAAUUUUAUCUAUGUAUCCGAAUUCUUCAAACUCCCAAUCUUCCAAUAAAUAGUUGAAUAUUCUAGGUGUCUAAGUUUAUAAGGAAUUCAGAAUAAUCCUGUACCGUAAUGUAGACUGCCAAUAUUAAUGAUGAAAUAAACAAUUUAUUUACAGCUGAAAAACAUUUCCGAGUCAAAUUAAUUAUAGAAAAGUCACAGAUGCUGACAAAUUGUAAAUAAAAAUAAGACCUUAUCGAAACUUAGCAAAAUUAUUAUGUUUUAGUAGGUACAUUUCUCAGUUUUGUAUAAAGUCAAUCAAGAGAAGUAAUACAAAAUGAUAACUUGGAACUUAACACUAUUCGUAUCUCUGAAUGUUUAUCAAUAGUGCCAAUUUAUAUAUUUUGUGUAUAUAAUCUAAUAAAACCGCACAGCAAGACUGUUUUGUAGAUUUAGAAAUAAAUGUAUUUCAACUA